GCCACCGCGACUAGGCGCACACGUCCGGCACAGUCCACUCAGAGAUACGACCCAUGCCGGACCAUCGACGCUGGUCCUCACGCCGGAUACCGCUCGUCGUACUAUCAACAACGUCGCUGUUGUUACCACUCGCAUUUUCGACGUUUACCGUUAUUAUUUGGAUUUUUUAAAUACUCUUUUAUCAUUGUGACUCAUGAUACUUUUAUCGUCGAUUACGCUGCGGCGCAAAACAACCGAAAUAAGUGAUUGCCAAAGGAGGAAUACGUUUUUAUGUUGACAAACCACGUUCUUCGUGUUAUCAAUCCGUACGAGUGCACGCCGAAACGAAUUUCCUUUCUUCUUUUAUUUUUUUAUCAUUCGUUCCUUUUAAUCGUGGAUUAUUGGAACUUUAUCGACGCUUUAAACGACUUUAGUGAGUUUUUUUCAAAACUGGGAGAAGAUAUAGUGAAAAAAGUAGACGAAAAUUUGAUAUUCGUAUGGUCCGAUUGUUCGGGCUGAUGUUCUCCAUUAAACGAAGAAAAAUAUGCUGAUUUAUCUUAUCAGAAAGUGCUUCGAAGCUCUCGGUUAAACGGCGACGAGCACACAGGUGGACACGAAUUUUUUGUUUUUUUCCAAGAGACCGCUUCGCUCCAACGUCUCGCUCAAUUUCUUACUUCAUUCUCAUUCCGUUUGUUUUUAAAGCGUUUUAUUAGUUUACGAGAGCUUAAAAGUGCACCGGAUACCGCGUGGGCGCGACACGCGUUUCGGUACUCUCGCCUGUUUCCUUAAUCAGUGCAGUUUCGGUGGCUUUUCCCUAUCGAAUCUGAACAAUGCUCCGAACCGUUUCGGCUCAUGUGUCAAAAGAACCACGCGGCGGUGAGGAAAACUGGACUCGAUGACCGUGCGUAAGAAAAACGCGUCGUCGACGUCCUCGUCGCUGUGCUCGCUCGUCCUUCCAACCGAACGACCAAUGAAACUUUGAUUUUUCGCGCUAUUCUCAAACCCAAUUGGCUCCUGGGUGCACCCACGCACGCAAAGGGCCUCGGAAAAGCACGCAGGGAUUCUUUCAUUUUCGACGAUUAUACGAAACUCCAAUUGCCACGAAAAUAACGAGCCGAAAGCCUCGAGGAACCUCCGACAAGCAAUAAAAUAAAGGAGCAAACUUGGAACGACAGUGGAAAAGCUUAAUUUGUUGGUGCUUUGUUUUGUCAUUACUUUUGGAGCACGUGACCGGCGAAUCGGCGAACGCCGAUGCGAGGGCUCGAGUGAAUCUUAAUACGCAGACUUCAUUGUUUUUGUUUAACAAUCAAUAUUUAUGUAACUUUGAGGUUUAAAGCGAUACGCAUGUACGCAAUUAUUUUCAAUUCUAUCACCAUCGACUGCGAUGAUUCGACGCAAUUUGUGUAUGAGAAUCAUCCAAAAAGCUCUCUCGUCAGGACAAUUUGACACGAUAUAUUAUUGAGGAGUGCUUGUUUAUCACACGCUAAAAAAACGUUCGAGAAUAAAAUAUUCAUCAUGAGGAUCAAAAUGCCAGCUGUCAGGAUCGCGCAAGCGGAAACGUCGCAAGGUCCAGCGUCGCCAGACACCGUCCAAUGCGGAGGUUGCCGAGCCUCCUACCCCCUCGGUGAAAUAGUUCGUUUCAUCGAGCACAAAGUGAACCACUGUCGUAGUAGUUUGCAAGGAUGUCACAGUCCUCCACCGGCUGCUGCCCACGAGGAUUCCGACCCGGAGGAUGCCCUCGCCCUAAAAACCUCCGACACGGAAAAGCUCAACUCGGUCCCGAGUAUCUCGGCGCCUAUAAACAAACGUUCGAGCAGAGUCGAGAGCCCACCAACGCCCCAAGGCAAUAACGCCGAUACCGGAAGUCCCAUAGAACUUAGGGCGAGCGCGAGCUCGACGCCCAAAAGACGAACGGAAGGUACCGAGGAAACGGAGAAGGAGGACAUACCGAAAAAACUGAAAAUCGAGUCUGUCGACGCCGACACAAAUACCGUCAGUUCCGAGCCAAGAUGUCUGCAAUGUUCGCAAUGUUCGCGCCGGUUGACCUCAGCAUGGGAAAUGCUCCAGCACGCGCAGAGCGUUCACGGUGCAAGACUCUAUUCGUCGUUGUCCUCAUCGAUAAAUUCCUCGUUAAACACGCCGGCACCGAGUCCACCGACGUCGACGCCGAUACACGCCCAACAGCAGCAGCAACAGCAGCAGCAGCAGCAGCAGCAACAGCAGCAACAGCAACACCAUCUCAGUCCACCGAAUCACUUGAAUCUCAGUGGCAAAUCGAGCGGAAGUUCAUCGGCAGCGAACACUUCCGGUGGUGGUACGAACACGAGUGGUGGCAGUAGCAGCAGUCGUCAGCAAUUGCAAUCCUCAGCGGCAUCGUUGGUCGGCGAUCCGCUCCACAGUUUCAUCAGACUGCCCCAGCAUCUCGAGCGAAGCUUCCCGCCAAUAUUCAGGCCCGAUUUCCUGGCGCUGAACCCACUCGCGAGCUACCGAGGGCUUCAGGACCUUCAAACGGCCACGAGGAACCUCCAAAACCUCGGGGACCCCUUGCGCGGCAUGGACGGUCUCAACUUGGGUGAUUCUCUCGUCAGAAGCAGUCUGGACACCCUCAACAACGCGAGGAACCUGGCCAACUUGACCGAAUUGUCACACGCCCGGGUCCUACCUGGACAAGGACAUCAGCCACAAUUAGAAGCGAACCUGGAUUUUUAUUCGGCGCGCCUAAGGAGCCUCGCUAACCCGUCCUUAGGCGCGGCUCCACCCAAUCCCCCCACGAAUCAAGCCCCACUGGUUCCCAGCCAGGUUCAACAGCAGCAGCAGCAGCAACAGCAAUCGAAUCAGCAUCCCGUAUCAUCGCCUAGUCCAGCUGGCACUAACCUAGCGAGUCUUCACUUGGCUGGUCACCAGAAAGAAAAUUCACCACCGUCGUACACCCAAAGCCCGACCGGUCACCACAACAACAACAAUUCAACCGACAGCGAAAAGGCCAGUCCACUAACGACGACCUCGACUCCGGUGAUCACGGACUCCGUCGAGACGGUUUACACCUGCGAGAUCUGCGACAAGAAAUUCAGGUUCCAAUCGAAUCUCAUCGUGCAUCGGCGCAGUCAUCAGGAGAAAGAGCAACGACGUUACAAGGAAGAGAGCGCGCAGGAAUCCGGGGCGUCAACGAGGUGCGAGAUUUGCGACGCCGAGAUAGCCAGUUUCACGGAACUGAGGAAACACAUGAGGAAGGAGCACCAAGAAACUUUGACAGCUGCGGCCAGUCCUCAAGGGAGCGUUGAAACCGUUCCGGACGACGGAUCGAGCUGCGACGAGAACAUGGAUUUGGACGAGGCGGAAGAGAACGAGCACGAGAAGCGCGGCGACGACGAUGACGCGGAGGAAAACACACCGGAGGAUCUGAGCACGACGCAGGGCCAGAGCAGCGAGGAAAGCGGGGGCAGAGUCGACCAGAAGCCCAGUCUCGUUGGGGACUUGAUGGAAAAAUUUGGCCUGAGCAAUAUCGCACAGUACUCCGAGGCUUAUCGACAAGCCCUGCAAGAAAACCAUCGCGGCAGCUUCCUCAAAACUGAAUCGCCCUCUAAUUUGACGAAUAGUCUGAACAACAACAAGGAAAAGGACAGCGCUUUGUCGCCAACGAACUUCAACUCGUCGACGACAGCGAACAUAUUUUCUGGUCAGGGUUUCCCCAGGACCGCCGGUCCGGACUUUGGCGGUCUGUGGUUACCGAAUCCUCACUAUUUGGAAAACAACGAAUUCCGCAAGGUCUCCAAAGCGACGACUUCCAGUUUAGCUCUGCCAGGCUUGCCGAGUCCGUUGUUGAAAAAAGAGCGCAACGGUCGUAACGACACGUGCGAAUUUUGUGGCAAAGUCUUCAAGAAUUGCUCGAAUUUGACGGUUCACAGACGAUCGCACACCGGCGAGAAGCCCUACAAGUGCGAGCUCUGCGCUUACGCUUGUGCGCAAAGCUCCAAGCUGACGAGGCACAUGAAAACCCACGGCAGGCAGGGUAAGGACACGUACAAGUGUCGCUUUUGCGAAAUGCCAUUCUCCGUGCCCAGCACGCUCGAGAAACACAUGAGAAAGUGCGUCGUCGUUCAGCAAGGCCCCAAAAUGGGAAUACCCUAUCCCGGCAGCCAGGACGAAGACUCUUCCUUGAGUACCAAGGACACUUGAUCCUGGAACGGAAGCCUACCGCCCAUCCCGCCACUGUGGCCCCACAGGCCACCGUAUCCGGUUUACUGAGACUCGCCAAAUUUCGUCCCAACGAACGAAUGGUGGACUCUCGGAGCGCGGACAGGACUUCCACGGUCUCUGACAGAGACGUACCAGGAGCUUGCCAGCAACUACGGAACGAAUAAAUAACCAAAUAAAAGCUCGUUCGUCUCAAUGAAAAAUCGACGAUUCAUCGGGAAAUUGAAGACAAACAAACAAACAAACAAACAAUUAUUCAAUUUAUGAACGUAAAAAGAGGCAGACUGAUGGUCUGAGUAAGCAGGACCCGCGAAACGGUCCUGGGGAGUCUCGACGAAGCGAAACAUUCGAAUCGAAUACUGCUCGAUGACUUCGUGAUAUUAAAAAAAAUACUAACACACACACACUAUCACACAUACACACAAACAACACACACACACAAACGAAUCACUGUUUUACCGGAACGGUGAUUCCCCUGCCGGGUACUUCCGGAAGCAAUGCCCGGGAAAAAUAAUUUAGAAUAAAUAAACGGCCAGAGAAAAGAGAAAUUAAAAAAUCAUAUUAACGAAGGUUUUUUUCGAAAAGUGAGGAAGAGGAGCGAGGAGGCAUUAGUUAAUGGAAACGAACGAAUGGUUACCACUUGCGAGUCUCAGCCCAGCUAUUUAAAUUAAUAAUGCUAUAAAUAAUUAUAAAUAAUUCAACUAAACCGUAUACAUAUGCAUAUAUAAAUUUUAAAAAGUACACAUAUAUAUCUAUAUAUAUAUAAAUAAAUAUAUAUAUAUAAAUAAAUAUAAACCAUUAAUACAGAUAUAAAUAUAUGGAUAGGACGAUACGAAUAGUGACUUUAUUAUCGCAUUGAAGAUUAUUUAUUUAAUAAUAUAUAAAUAUAUAUAUUGUAUAACAACAUUUAAUAUAUUGCAAAGCAGAAAAAUGCGAAGGCAAAUCUGUAUGCGCCUCCUGUUUCUUUUCUCUUUCUUUCAUUCAUUCUCUUUUUGUACAUUGAAGCUCCAAUAUGGCUAUCGCGCGAAGGAAUAGAGACGAAAAUACAAAAAAAACAACUGCUCCUCUCAAGUUUUCCUCUUUCUCCUUUGUUUUACAUUUUUUCUUUUAUUUCUUCGCGAACUAUCGCUUCGAUGAAGACGCGACGUGACGAACUAACCGUGUACAUACUAGAUAUCAAAGUUCGUUACGUAUCGCGAAUAAUAUUCUUGCGUCGUACUCUCGCGAUCUUGGCCGGACGAAAGAAAACAGUCGAAUAAAUGAUUGAAGAUGCACUGUCCUCGGACGAGAUCGCUCUCGAUAUUUCCGAGUUUGGAUCACUCGAAUGUUGUGUAAAAUGUAUUAUACCUAUUAUUAUUAUUAUUAUUAUUUUUUAUUACGAUUACGAUUAUUAUGAACAUUAUCAUUAUUGCUAUUAUUGAUAUCGUCAUUAUUAUUAU